CAAGAAAGUUCUGAUGGACUGCCACAUCACCAGAGGUAGUGGAGGGAAGCAAGGUGCAUCAAAAUGCUCUCCCUGAAACUUCCUGCGGUUUUUCUUCUCCUUUCAUGCAGCAUAGGAAUCGGAGAAUGUAUGAAGGAGAGGGACAUCUCAAUCCUGGUGCACUUCUACAAGGACUUGGUCAACCAUGGACUCCCAUCAACAUACACCAUCCCAGAAGUUGUACAGCAACUCAGGAAGAUCUUCUUCUUAGAACAGGAGCUGCGCAUUGGCUGCAUUAUUUGCACGACAACAGCUGAACUUGUCAUUGAUCAAAUCCUUAGUGGCACACCACCAGAAGAUUUGACAAGCGUAAUUGAGGGUCUAUGCGAACUCUUUGGACAAGAACCUGUUGUUUGUGAAGGUCUAGUCUACCUUUUUGCACCCAUCAUAUACUAUGUUGUCCAGAAUGGCCAAAUCAAUGUGCCCCUGUUCUGCAAUCUUGUUGCUGAUAGUGAAUGCACCCUGGAUGAACCUCCUGGCCAUGACUGGGAACUGGAGCUUCCUGACAUCCCUAAACCAAAUAUCAGUUUGGAAAUUCCUGUUCGCAUUUUCAUCAUCACAAAUCAAAAUGAUCCUCCUCGCCUGAAGAUCAUCCACCUAACUGAUACUCACUUUGAUCCUGAAUAUGAAGAAGGUUCAAAUGCCAACUGUGGACUGUAUCUAUGCUGCCAAUCUAAAAAUGGGCCAGCUCCAACACCAGAGGAGGCAGCUGGGAAGUAUGGGGAUUAUCGUUCCUGUGAUGCUCCCUUGAUAACAGUUCAGAAGACUCUGGAGCAUGUGGCACAAACUCAUCCUGAUGCAGACAUUAUUCUCUGGACUGGAGAUCAGCCUCCACAUGACAUCUGGGAUCAGAGCAUAGAGGAAAACGUGGCCACAACCAAUGUGACAGUGGCUCUCAUGAAGGAGUACUUUCCAAGCACUCCUAUCUUCCCAGUUGUUGGGAACCAUGAGGCCUGGCCAGUAAACAUAUACACCCCAGAAUUUGUACCAGAGGAAGAAUUUUCAGCAGAUUGGCUUUACAAUGCACUUUGGGCAAACUGGAUGGAUUGGCUACCAGGAGAUCAAGCUGCCAAUGUCCAACAUGGUGCAUAUUAUUCGGUUGCAGCUCUACCUGGACUCCGAAUCAUCACUAUCAACAACAUGUUCUGCUAUGCCCUCAACUGGUUCUUGUGGAUGGACUUGAACAUCCCUGAUCCUGACAAUCACUUGCAAUGGCUCAUUAACGAACUUCAAGCUGCAGAAACUGCUAAUGAGAAGGUUUGGAUUCUUGGUCAUAUUCCUCCAGGGUCAACAGACUGUCUUCCAACUUGGAGUCGCAAUUAUCGUCGCAUCAUCAAUAGAUAUGAGAACACAGUGGUGGGGCAGUUCUUUGGUCACACACAUGAUGAUGAAUACUUAGUCUUCUAUGAUAUGGAUGAUCCAGAGAGGGCCAUAAAUGUGGGUUAUGUUGGGCCCAGUAUAACUCCGUACUCAUACGUGAAUCCUUCCUAUCGAGUCUACUAUGCAGAUGCCAGCCCAGAAAAUCCAACAUAUGCCAUCAUUGACCAUGAGACAUGGACAUUCAACUUGGAUGAGGCCAACCUCUCAGGGGAACCAAAUUGGUACCUCCUCUAUGAUGCACGUACAGCUUAUGGUCUUCCCAAUCUUCAACCAGGUUCAUGGAGUGACCUGGCCUUUGCAAUGGCUCAGGAUGAUGCUCUGUUUGAAGAGUUCUGGAGGUAUCGCCACAGGGAAUCUUCAUCUCCUGACAUCCAGGAAUGUGAUGCAGAGUGCAGGACAAGCACUCUGUGUUUCCUUGUUCGAGCAGAUAGCAGAGAAUGCAUGAAAGAGAAGGACAUCACAAGCCUGGUGCACCUCUACAAGGACUUGGUCAAAGAGGGACUCCCUACAAAAUAUACCAUCCUGGAGGUUACAAAACAAUUGAGGAAUAUAUUCUUCCCAGAACGGGAACUACGCAUUGACUGCUUCCUAUGUGAGCCAACAGCUAAUCUCUACAUUGAUCUUAUCAAUGGUGGAAUGUCUGAGGAAGAACUAGAGGAGGCAGCCAUGGGUCUAUGCGACCUCUUUGGACAAGAACCUAUUGUAUGCGAGGGUCUCAUCUCUGCAUUUGUGCCCAUUGCCAUCUACAUUGUCCUGAAUGGCCAACUCAACGUGCCCCUAUUCUGCAACCUUGUAGCAGGCAGUGAAUGUACACUGGAUGAACCUCCAGGCUUUGACUGGGAGGUGGAACUUCCUGAUAUCCCCAAACCAAAUAUCAGUUCGAUCAUUCCUGAUGAUCCACCUCGUCUCAAGAUUGUCCACUUGACUGACACUCACUUUGACCCUGAAUAUGCAGAAGGUGCAAAUGCCAACUGUGGUCUGUAUCACUGCUGCCAAUCUAAAAAUGGACCAGCCCCAACACCUGAGGAAGCAGCUGGGAAGUUUGGAGAUUAUCGUGACUGUGACUCUCCUUUGAUAACAGUUCGGAAGACAUUGGAACAUGUGGUACAGACUCAUCCAGAUGCAGAUAUCAUCAUCUGGACUGGAGAUCAGCCUCCACAUGAUGUCUGGGAUCAGAGCAUGCAAGAAAAUCUGGGUAUAAUCAAUAUCACUGUAGCUGUGAUGAAGGAGUAUUUCCCUACUACCCCCAUCUUCCCUGUUGUUGGGAACCAUGAGGCCUGGCCAGUGAAUGUGUUCUCCCCAGAAUAUGUGCUCGAAGAGGACUUUUCGACUGAUUGGCUUUACAAUGCACUUUGGGCAAACUGGAUGGAUUGGCUACCAGAAGAUCAAGCUUCAAAUGUCCAACAUGGAGCAUACUAUUCUGUUGCAGCUUUACCGGGACUCCGAAUCAUCACCAUCAACAAUAUGUUCUGCUAUAUUAAUAACUGGUUCAUGUGGCAGGACUUGAGUAUCCCUGAUCCUGACAAUCACUUGCAAUGGCUCAUUAAUGAACUCCAAGCUGCUGAACUGGCUGAUGAGAAGGUUUGGAUUCUUGGUCACAUUCCUCCAGGGGACACUGACUGUCUUCCAACCUGGAGUCAUAAUUAUCGUCGCAUCAUCAGCAGAUAUGAGCACACAGUGAUGGGGCAGUUCUUUGGUCAUACACAUGAAGAUGAAUUCAUCGUCUUCUAUGAUCCGGAGGAUCCAGAAAGGGCCAUAAAUGUGGGUUAUGUUGGGCCCAGUAUGACUCCUUAUUCAUACGUGAAUCCUUCCUAUCGAGUCUACUAUGCAGAUGCCAGCCCAGAGAAUCCAACAUACGCUAUCAUUGACCAUGAGACAUGGACAUUCAACUUGGAUGAGGCCAACCUCUCAGGGGAACCAAACUGGUAUCGCCUCUACGAAGCACGUGCAACGUAUGGCCUACCCAAUCUUCAACCAGAGUCAUGGAGUGACCUGGCCUUUGCAAUAGCACAAGAUGAUGCUCUGUUUGCAGAAUUCUGGAUGUAUCUCCACCGAAACUCUUCAUCUCCUGACAUCCAAGAAUGUGAUGUAGAGUGCAAGACAAGCCAGCUGUGCUUCCUGGUUCGAGCAGAUAGCAGCGAUUUGACACAGUGUGAUGCAAUUACAGGUAGCAUCAGACAGGCCUAACUGUCAUCACAGAAUGAAGAAUAUGUCCCCU